AACAAGAGAGAGAGAGUGGAGCUGUAGUUUAAUUUUAUUGUCCGUUUCCAAAUUAAAAGCGACUUUGACGAAGAUUUGGAAGGAACCUGACUUUAAGACGUAAAUAGGGUGACCGUUAACCUUGACGUUUUUAGGAUUAAUAGAUUAGCUAUUUGAUUUUGUAAUUUUUUUCAUGUUUCCAACAGGUUUAUCUUCCCCUAAUCCCCCACCGCCAGCUCAGGAGGUUAGACCAGCAGCUUCUGAUGGUAAUAACGGCAGCAGUAACACUUCAACGUCAAAAAAGAGGAAAAUAAACAGCUCAGAGAAGGAAGACUUUGAUUCAAUUUCUUCGUCUCCCCCCAAAACCUUUAGCAAUUCCACCUCUCCUUCCUCCGGCACUUCCUCCUCGCAUCACACUCAGAAGAAGUUAAGGUUCGAGGACUCCGUAGAUUUCAUUGGACUGGAUGUGAAAAUGGCUGAGGAAUCUUCCUCAUCUGCGUCGUCUUCAAACAAGACUAAAAAUGUUUUCUUGGCUGCGGGUGUCGGGCACCACGCGAACGGACUUACGAAAACUGUCGGUUCCACAACCUUUUCCAACAACAGCAAACCUGGAGCUGCAAAGAAACUAGUUAUCAAGAACUUCAAAGAAAAGCCGAAAUUGCCAGAAAACUAUACAGACGAGACCUGGCAGAAGCUGAAAGAGGCAGUGGAAGCCAUUCAGAACAGCACCUCAAUCAAGUAUAAUCUCGAGGAGCUCUAUCAGGCUGUUGAAAAUCUCUGCUCCCAUAAAAUAUCUGCAAAGCUUUAUAAACAACUGAGAGUGGUGUGUGAAGAUCACAUAAAGGCCCAAAUUCAUCAGUUCAGAGAGGAAGCACUGGACAGUGUGCUUUUCUUGAAGAAGAUAGAUAAAUGCUGGCAAGACCAUUGCAGACAAAUGAUCAUGAUAAGAAGUAUCUUUUUGUUUUUGGAUCGAACUUAUGUUUUACAAAAUUCAAUGCUGCCAUCCAUCUGGGACAUGGGCCUGGAGCUGUUCAGGUUUUAUAUCAUCAGUGAUCAGAAGGUCCAGAAUAAGACCAUCGACGGCAUCCUGCUGCUGAUCGAGAGGGAGCGGAGCGGCGAGGCCAUCGACCGCAGUCUGCUGCGCAGUCUCCUGAGCAUGCUCUCCGACCUGCAGAUUUAUCAGGACUCGUUUGAGCAGCGGUUUCUGGAGGAGACUAACAGGCUAUAUGCAGCAGAGGGACAGAGGCUGAUGCAGGAGAGAGAGGUUCCAGAGUACCUCCAUCAUGUGAACAAGCGCUUGGAAGAAGAGGCUGACAGAGUCAUCACAUAUUUAGACCAGAGCACACAGAAACCCCUUAUUGCCACUGUGGAAAAGCAGCUGCUGGGUGAACACCUGACAGCGACUCUCCAGAAAGGUCUGAAUCACCUCCUAGAUGAGAACCGAAUUCAGGACCUGUCUCUGCUGUACCAGCUCUUCAGCCGGGUUCGAGGGGGCGUGCAGGCUCUCUUGCAGCACUGGAUCGAGUACAUCAAGGCGUUUGGAAGUACAAUAGUCAUCAACCCUGAGAAGGAUAAGACCAUGGUGCAGGAACUGCUGGACUUCAAGGACAAGGUGGAUCAUAUCAUCGACGUCUGCUUCCUAAAGAACGAGAAGUUUGUCAACGCCAUGAAGGAGGCCUUUGAAACCUUCAUCAACAAAAGGCCAAACAAGCCAGCUGAACUCAUCGCCAAAUACGUGGAUUCAAAGUUGAGGGCGGGGAACAAGGAGGCCACAGACGAGGAGCUGGAGAAGAUGCUGGACAAGAUCAUGAUCAUAUUCAGAUUCAUUUAUGGUAAAGAUGUUUUUGAGGCUUUUUAUAAGAAGGACCUGGCUAAGAGAUUACUGGUGGGAAAAAGCGCGUCUGUGGAUGCUGAGAAGUCCAUGCUGUCGAAGCUGAAACACGAGUGUGGGGCGGCUUUCACCAGCAAGCUGGAAGGAAUGUUUAAGGACAUGGAGCUGUCCAAGGACAUCAUGGUGCAAUUCAAACAGCAUAUGCAAUGCCAGAACAUCCCUGGUAACAUUGAACUGACAGUGAACAUUCUCACCAUGGGUUACUGGCCAACGUACGUGCCUAUGGAAGUGCAUUUACCUCCAGAGAUGGUGAAACUGCAAGAGAUUUUCAAGACAUUUUAUCUGGGAAAGCACAGCGGGCGGAAACUUCAGUGGCAAUCAACUCUAGGGCACUGUGUCUUGAAAGCUGAAUUUAAAGAGGGAAAAAAAGAGCUCCAGGUCUCACUGUUCCAGACACUAGUGCUUCUCAUGUUUAAUGAAGGAGAGGAAUUCAGCUUGGAGGAGAUUAAACAGGCAACAGGGAUAGAGGACAGCGAGCUGCGGCGGACCUUGCAGUCUCUGGCCUGUGGGAAAGCCAGAGUGCUCUCCAAAAUGCCCAAGAGUAAAGAUGUGGAAGACGGGGACAAGUUCUCCUGCAAUGACGACUUCAGACACAAGCUCUUCAGGAUAAAGAUCAAUCAGAUCCAGAUGAAAGAAACAGUUGAGGAACAGGCCAGCACCACAGAACGUGUUUUCCAGGACCGGCAGUACCAGAUAGAUGCAGCCAUCGUGCGUAUCAUGAAAAUGAGGAAGACCCUGAGCCACAACUUACUGGUCUCAGAGGUAUAUAACCAGCUCAAGUUCCCAGUCAAGCCUGCUGACUUAAAGAAGAGAAUAGAGUCGCUCAUCGACAGGGACUACAUGGAGCGUGACAAGGAGAACCCUAAUCAGUACAAUUACGUUGCAUAGAUAGAAAGGGUAGGUUCUUACUGGCCAUCUGCUCCAAGCACUUGGUGCCGUCCAUGCUGAAGUGGAUGGCACUAUUACCCUGUUCAACCCAGCGACCGACAACUGAAUGGAUAUGGCCCCACCAAACAAGACUGGGUCAGUGGACUGUUUUCCUGUGGACUGCAUGCCCAUUUGAGAGAAUAUUGUCCAUCUUCAAAAUGCUUGUAAUAAGCAAAUGCUAUCCUGGACAACUGCAAGAAAAGUCAAACCAGGCCUUUUUAAGGAAAAAAAAAAGCAUUUAUUUUGGAACUUAGGCCCUUGUGAGUUGCUUGCUGAUGGCAUUCUUCUCCUUGUGUUUUUAAGAAGACACCUUUCUUUUAAAUCACUGUUUAUCCCGUACAGUAGAUCUUUAUUGACACUGGUCUCAUCCCGUUUAUCAGAUAUAGGCAAGUAGAAAAUGCGAAAUAAACAUUUCAUCCGUUUUAGAGCCCCGUUGGAUGAAUGCUGUGAGAUUUGAGUCACAAAGAACUUUUGUUUGUCCUUCCACUACAUUGCUUUAGGUCUGAAAGUUGAAUAGGAUGAGCACAUAUUAUAGUCACAUCAGCAGAUGAUUGACAUUCACAGGGGAAAAAUAAUCAGAUCAUUCUUCAGUGUAAAACAUUUUAAUUAUGUGCCAAAAAACAGCACUUCAUUUGUAGGAUUUGGUUAUGUUGCUGAACAUUGUAAAUGUUUGUUCAUUCAGAUGUUUAAGUUCCAGUGCAGUUUUGGUUGUAAUCAUUUUGAGUUCUUUGUUGUGUACGGCAAUUUUUUCACAGAAAGGUGAGAUCAAAUGGCAAACUAUUGCACAUGGAAAUAUCUUCCCCUCCUCAAUAAAUCCCUGUCCAAAAACUGGGAAUUGGUAUAGGAAAAAGUCUGGCUUAUACCUUGUGUUUGCCCAAGUAUCAUUUAUAGGCUAGAGGGGCAACAUUUAAGCGCUAUCUGGUUCUGUUGUGACUGCAUAGUUUAAAUAAAGAACUCUAAGGUACACUGUAUAUUAGUGAGACUAGGGCUGAUGGUGUGCAAGAUUAUGCUGAACCUGACUUCUACCCAUGUCUGAGUCGAUCAUAAACUUAUGUUCUAUUGCUUCAGAUUAAAGUUAUUUCCGUAUUUUCCUGUUAUUGUUUUUUUUUAUUUUAUUUUAUUAUUUUUGAUUUUUUUUUUCUGACUACUCUCUUCAGCGCUAUGGUGAAGUGUGAUUUGUUUGGACAUGUAUAAUAUCUGCACUGUUUCAACAGUCAGGAACAUUUUCUUUAGUUUUCUAAUCAGGGUGUGUUACUGCAGCAGUUUUCAAAAUGAAUAUUAAAUGUUUCUAAGAAGCACUUCCAGAACUAAACUACAGCACAGCUGAGCCUUUGGGUUCUGAAAAACGUGUGUUUGGAUUAAAUGCGGGAUUGUAUUUGGUCAGAUAAAAUGAAAUCAUAUAAUUAUUAUGAUCAAUAAGAAAGUCAACGUAUUUGUUGGUAGGUUCUCCUCUUUGUUGGUGAUAACUAUUUUGUCUUUGAGAUGAUAUUAAAUGAUGGCAGAAGACAGGAUCAUUAUUAUUCAUUUCUGUGAACAUGAUGUUCUGAUAUUGCAGACUAACUUGGUCUUUUUUUUACGACUGCUUUGAGUGGAAAGGGUGCCAAAUUAUGUUUUUUAAAAAACCUAACAUAUAUGUGUUCAAGUCUGCCAGAACAUGCUCGGGGUAGUUGGUGUUGAUUUGAAAAAGUCCUGGAACAUGAUUACGUGUUCAAUAAUUAAAUCGGUCUCUAAAGUACUUAUCAAGGUCUGUGCCAAUGCUGAUAGUGAUCAUUUAGGUGUCAGACUCCUGUCAGAGCCAUCUGUUCUGCUUUUCAUCCUCUUGAAUUGAAGAGUUUAAGUUUGAAAUCAUAUUAGUUAUGUUACAUACCAUUAUGAUACAUCUAGUGAAAUGAUAGUGGUUGAAGCUCAUUGUUCAGACUUUCAGCUUGUGAUGUGCAGUCAUUCCAUACUUUGUUAGACAAUGCCGCCUUAUCUAGCCACACAUCACUACAGAGCACACAAACUGUUGCACAGCCAGGGGUUCUUAAAUUGGGCUUUCUUUAGGCAGAUUUCAUUCUUUAAGUCUCCACACUUACAAAUGAUGGCACAUUGGUAUUUUUUAAAUGUUCAAAAGAAAUGGGCAUGUUACACAGUUGACAAAUUCUACAACAGCUAAAUAUAACAGCUGAUAGUCUUUUUAAUACUUCACAAAAGAGGUGAUAAGGGUAUGUUAUAUACUGUACAUAGAUAUUCCCUAGGAGAGAGUGAGAGUCUGUACUCUAGUUUGUGUGCGUCAUGAAAUAAAUAUUUAAAAAAUGAAA